AUGACCACGAGCAUUUUUGGAGAACAGAAGAUCGUCGAAAAUGACAACGUGACGACCUCUGAAUUUAAGGUAGGUUAUUCGAAUCCUGUAAUAUUUUAAAGGCAUACCUAUUCUAAAAUGAUAUCACUGACUGACUGGUAAAUAGUUCGACAGAACGCUUCGGUAAUAUUCAUCGGUAAUUACAUCAGAAAUAGAUCCUGUACGGCGAUUGUCGGGGAAAUAUUUCCACCAAGCUCCAAAAGUAAAUUAGGCGAAAAUACAGUUUUUGAUUGAUAAGAAACAGAAUGCAAGUCAGGUCUCGCUCGUUAUUAAUAAACAUUUCAGUCAAGUUAAAGUUAGCGGUGGGAGGGGGGGAAGAGUGGGGGGUAAGAGGUAGGGAUGGGGGUAGGGGUGAAGCCGGGUAGAAAUAGGUACAGGCCUGUGAAGCAUGAUUUUUUCGUUUCCGAGUGGAGAAGGGAGAAAUAAACAACAGGAAAAACUAAGAAACAUAAGUCAUGACGAAAAAAUCAGGAAAGCCAAGAUUGAGUUUGCAAUAGUCUAGACAAUCACUGGGAAGACAAUUGAGGUUUAUGAACUAAAUGGAUAAAAUGAAUUGACCACAGUUAGGUUAGGGGAGUCACAUACUGAUGAUCUGAGUGCUAGCAAUUUAGUUUCAAUUGUUAGUAUUUCAUAGCCUAAUGUAAAAAUAAUGAAUACUUUUUUUAUUUCCCUCUAUAGGCACCCAAGUGUCUGGAAUUUUUUGACAAAUGGAGAUUUUGUGCAUGUAAGUGUUCAAUGGUGUGACAACAUUAGACUACUUGUAGUAAUCAAGCAAAACCACAUAAGUGAAACAACCUAACAUGUGAGUGAAACGACUUAAGACAUAAGUGAAAAGGACGUAGGUGAAACGACUCGUUGGUGAAAUGACGGUAAACCAAUGAUGAUGAUGAUGAUGAUGAUGAUGAUGAUGAUGAUGAUGAUGAUUAUUAUUAUCAGUUUGUUAUGUAGGUAUUAUUGGUAUUAUUGGUAAAAUUAAUUUUUUGAUAAUACUUUUCAUCAGCCUCCAGGAAUCAGUUUCAUCAGUAUUAUAUAUAUGGAAAGUUUCAGGACUGCUCAGUGUUUAGAAAAGCCAUGAUGAGUUGUAUACGUUACAAAACUACAAAGUCCCCAGAAGAUAGGGUAUGUUAAUGGAAUCUGUGUUUCUGUAGAAGUAUUCACUGGAAAUGUAGAUCCCCCCUUUCCCCUUCUAUUUUAAUUUUUACUUAAAGUAAUUUUAAGUGUGUGAAAAGCAUUAGGGGAGAAACAAGACAAAAUGUUAUAGUACUAAUACAUUACAGCUUAACUGACAGACAGGUCAGGUCAAUAACCAGAGCUUAAUAUAUGGCUACAAUAGUAUGCACCCUCUGAUCAGCAGCAGAGCGGGCAAGAUUUCCUUGUAAUGGCUGGGCAUUAUUGGCUGGGUGUCCAAGGCAUCCAUGUUAUGGUCAAUUGACCAUAAAUACCUGUAACGACCUCACCCGGUUAAGAAGUGGUAUUUAAUACCAUCAACUGUUGUAAUACAACAUCAAAUUGACUCUGAAGUUGGCUACCGCACAGGUCGAAAUGUCAGUCACUGUCAACAACAGUCCUAUUCAGGACUCCAUACCCAAACAAUCAUAUUCCACCAACUUAUGAAAUGACUCCUGGUUUCAAACCUUUCACUGUUAGUUCACAGAACAAAUACGGUAAGAGAAUUUGGAAGAAACAAUAUUUCUUGAAGUCAUUAUUGCUCAGUUAGUAUUCUCCCUUAUUUUUAAAGAGUUGCGUGUAGCAAACCAAACAGUCUCAAGAGAUCAACAAACUGUCAUUUAUUUGUUUUGCAGGAUUUUAUGAUUGAAGUCCUGAGAAUGAAUGAAAUUAAGUUCACGUCAUCGUCAGUGUGGGAAAAGAGAGAGAACCCUCGUGAAUACUGGAAUAGCGGUAAAGAAUAA